AUGGGCGCCGACGGCCAGGACAUUGACGUGGGCGACACCGUAGAUGUCCCUGGUGGCAUGGUCGGCGUUGUCAAGUUUGUCGGCAGCAUUCGCGGCAAGCAAGGAGUCUUCGCCGGCGUUGAACUCAACAGAGAAUACGCCGCGCGGGGCAAGAAUAACGGCUCCGUCGAUGGCACACAGUACUUUGACACUUCGAUCCCCAACUCCGGCAUCUUCCUCCCUGUGCAUCGCGCCCAAAAGCGGGUCUCAGGAGGCUCAUCCGACUUUGCGCCCGAACCAGUCACACCUUCGUAUCCCAACUUCAGCCUCUCCACCACCGAAAAACCCAACUUCGGCCACGAUGCGCCAAAGUCGCAAUUCUCCCAGUCCAUCGGACCCGGUGUCCGCGCAACCAGUCCCCAGGGCAAAUCCAGCCUGGGCCGCUCCUUUGCUCGCCCUGAAUCGCCCUAUCGUCAGAAGCAAGGCUUGAGUGCCUCGCCGGCUCGCAGUGGCUCACGCACACCCUCUGGCUUCUCCAAGAGCGCAAUCGGCGCACCCCCGCGCUUUGCAAGCCCGGCCCCUCCGCGCUUUGCCAGUCCUGUCCCGAGGGCUCCUCCCCUCCAGAAGCCACGAACACCCGGUCCCCAGCGAUCCUACUCGCGGAGCAGCUCUCGCGUUGGCCAGCAAGAUAUUAUUGAAGAAGACACGGAAACGACACCCAUCGGCGCAGCGCGCACGAGCAAUGAUUCCAUAUCCAGUUACAAACAUCGCCGCCCGGGCUCACGGCUGGGCUCCUCUCCCAGCGACGAGGUGCAGCGGCUACAAGCGCUUUUGGAUGAACGAGAGAGGCAACUGAAAGAGCAGGCUGCAUCACUGAGCGAAAUGGAGGCCAGUCUUGCUGAGAUUCAGAGUCUGAUACCAGAAGAUGGAAUGGACAUGGGGUCGGCGCACGGCAGCAACGAGCCCACCGAUGUUGCACAACUACGAGCACUUCUGCGAGAGAAGAACGAUAAGAUUGCUAUGCUCACGUCCGAGUUUGACGCUCAUCGCUCUGACUUCCGAAGCACCAUUGACACUCUCGAACUAGCCAGUACCGAAACUGAGCGAGUAUACGAAAAAAAGGUCGAGGAGCUGACGGAAGAACUGCGAGAAUACCAGUCUCGUACUGAAGACGUUGAGACCGUUGCUAUGCAGCUGAAGCAACUCGAGGAGCUUGUCCAGGAGCUUGAAGAAGGCCUGGAAGAUGCGCGCCGAGGCGAGGCAGAAGCUCGAGGCGAAGUGGAGUUCCUCAGGGGUGAAGUGGAGCGUGGCCGAUCAGAGCUUCGUCGCGAGCGAGAGAAGGCCGCUGCAGCUCUCAAGGGCGCAGGUGCCAUGGUCGAUACGCCUCAAAGCCCAAGUCAAAGAGAGGUAGAGCAACGUGACGAUGAAAUCCGAGGACUCAAAGCCAUUAUCCAUUCCUUGAGUUCUGGUGGGGACGAGCGUGUACGUUCGCCUCUAUCGCCACAAGGCCCUGCUGUGGACGCUGAAGAGCUUGCACAAGCAAAGGCAGACGCACAGCGCCUGGAGCGCGAAAAGGAAGAGCUUCGUGGUCUUGUGGAACGCAAGGCUUACCGAGAAGAAGAACUAGAGCGUGAGAUUGAAAAGUUGAAGAGCCAGCUCGGUCUUGCCGAGCAACGUGACAGCAUGAUUAGCAAUGGUGUGUCUGAGGCCACAGCAGUGCAGAAGAAGCCUGGGGAGCGUGACUCCAAAGACACAAUCAUGAACUGGAAGGACUCGUCACAGCGCAACACUCCUCCCGCUCUUGCAAUAAUGCCCGAGUCCGACGGCCGCUCAUCUGUCAACAGCAGCCAUCUCUGGUGCGAGAUCUGCGAGACUGGCGGCCACGAUAUCCUCAACUGCUCCGCCAUGGGCGGCGACGCAUCCACUUACUCCCGCACAAACGACAGCAUCCACGGCAAAGACGGCGUCAUCGAAGGUCUCCGCGGCCUCUCUGUCUCCGACCGCUCCCUCUCCGAGCGCCGCCCAUCCAUCCUCACCCCAUCCAAGACCCCCGGUAGCGCCCCAACCGCUCCUCUCCCCAACCCUUCCCUCACCGCGUCCAACUCCGACCUCGUUCCCCCCAAGGGCGCCGCCAUUGCCGACCCCGACAAAUGGUGCGCCCUAUGCGAAAGCGAGGGUCACGAUGUUACGGCCUGCCCUAACGAAGAUGCUUUCUAA